AUGCUGGCCACCAAGGCUGUCCAUCUAGAGUUGGUGUCAGAUUUGACUACUCGCGGUUUUCUGGCCAUGCUCAGGCGUUUCGUUUCUCGCCGUGGCUUAUGUCAGCACCUGUAUUGUGACAAUGGCACAAAUUUCGUUGGGGCUAAUGUUCAGGUGGAAGCAGUGUUGAACUCACGUCCCCUUUUACCUCUUACUAAUGAUCCCAAUGAUUUUGAAUCCCUGACUCCCGGACACUUCCUUGUCGGCCAUCCUUUAAACCUAGUACCUGAUAUUGAUUUGGAGACUACGCCAAUCAACAGAUUGAACCGGUACCACAUGCUGCAAUCUUUAGCGCAACAUUUCUGGCGCAGAUGGUCAGAGCAGUACUUACAUACCCUCCACGAGCGAUCAAAAUGGCGCUUUAAGACCGACCCUGGAAGCCUCCAAGACUCUCUUGUUUUACUGAAGGAAGAGAACAGCCCACCUUCCAAAUGGACCCUUGCAAGAAUUGUCAAUCUUCAUCCCGGGAAGGACGGUAUAACACGUGUUGUUAGUGUUCGUGUUGCAAACGGGAAUAUUUUUAAACGCAGUAUCGUUAAGAUCUGUCCUCUACCUAUUUCAGAUGAGCCUUGCGAAUUCAAGGCUUUUAAAAUGACUUAG